AUGCGUGAUAACGUGAAAGACUUUAUUAGAUGGUCAUUGUUCGGACCUGAAUAUACCCAAGGGAAAGACCAGCAGAAUGAGAGGGAAAUCGAUGUCUAUACAACAGACAUUGAGAAGCUGAUUGGACGAAAAUUGCCACCGGGAAGGAUGGAUGUGAAAGGCCUAGGUCAGCUUCUGAAUGAAGCAUGCGGUUCACAUCGAAGUCUGCUAUGGUACACGUGCGUCUUUGUGGUUGACACAAUAAUUUACUGCAAGAUGUUAUACAAUGGAUUCCACUUUCAUCGCAAUUCGCUCUCGCGAUUCUUUAACGUAUUUCCGUUUCGCCCUCUCACGAUACUCACGACCUACCGAUCACCGGCGCGGCAUCUCACAUACUGGCACCGACAGCAUAUGUCCAAGAAACGACUACCCAUACUAUUCAUACAUGGUAUUGGAAUUGGCAUGUACCCUUACACGAGCUUCCUCCGAGACCUCAGGUGUGAAUUAGAAACAGGAGCGGCCGAAGAUAGUGAGGUUGGCAUAAUCGCACUUGAGAUCAUGCCGGUAAGCUCUCGGAUAACUUACCCAACUCUGGAAAAGGACGUGAUGAUCAUGGAAAUCAUGGAGAUCAUGCAGUACCAUGGAUGGGCCAGAUUCGUACUUGUAUCUCAUUCUUAUGGUUCCAUAAUCGCUGCACACCUUCUCAAGUCUGAUCGUUUUGCUCCACUCGUCGGGCCUACGGUCUUUAUCGAUCCGGUCUCAUUCCUCCUCCACCUGCCUGACGUGGCAUACAACUUCAUAGCCCGCCAGCCAGCCCGGGCCAAUGAAUACCAACUAUGGUACUUCGGAAGUAAGGACAUAGGAGUUGCACAUACAUUGGCCAGGAGGUUCUCCUGGAUCGACAACAUCAUUUGGAAGGAAGACCUUGGGAUAAAGGCGGAAAAGGACCAACAGGAGGGUAGAAAUGUCACAGUUGUUUUAAGUGGAAAUGAUUUGAUUGUGGACACUCAAACAGUGGGAGAGUACUUGGUGGGUUCAUCAAAAUUCGGGGCAGUUGACAAAGAAGAAGCACAGCCAUGGAAAAACAUGCCUUGGGUUGGAUACGGGCUUGAGCUGCUGUGGUUUGAGCAAUUGGAUCAUGCGCAGGUUUUUGAUCUUGAGAAAACGAGGCGGCCAGUCAUUAGGGCGAUCUCUGUAUAUUCAAACGCAGGCUGA